CUCGGGUUCAAAGGAUUAAAAGUGGGCGGGUUGUACUUCAAACCCAACUUUCGACUUCCUCUGUGUGUGUCGUAAUCGCGAUAUUAUCAUGUUAUUUAAGUCUGCGCUGCUCGGUGUCUGCGGUCUUGGCGCACUUGGAGUUGCAGCUUAUAAAUUUGCCCCUUCCCAGAUCCCAGCAGUGUUUUUUCAUUCCGUGGUUAGGAAAUCAGCUCUCGUGGAGCAAUCCAACAUGAAGAUCGAGCUGCUGCCUGCACUCACCGAUAACUACAUGUACCUCCUCAUUGACGAGGACACAAAAGAGGCAGCCAUUGUGGACCCAGUAGAACCUGGGAAGGUUGUUGAAGCUGUUAAGAAGCACGGCGUGAGGCUCAAAUCCAUUCUAACUACACAUCAUCACUGGGAUCAUGCUGGUGGAAAUGAGAAGAUGGUGAAGUUGGUCCCUGGGCUGACCGUGUACGGAGGUGAUGACAGAAUAGGAGCCUUGACCAAAAAAGUAACACAUUACAACACUUUCAAAGUGGGCACGCUCAAUGUAAAGUGUUUGUUUACACCGUGCCAUACGAGUGGACACAUCUGCUACUUUGUGACAUCAGAAAAUAGCUCUGAACCCCCUGCAGUGUUUACAGGGGACACCCUGUUUGUGGCAGGCUGUGGAAAGUUCUUUGAGGGUACAGCUGAUGAAAUGUAUAAAGCUCUGGUAGACAUUCUGGGACGACUUCCUCCUGAGACGCGUGUGUACUGUGGUCAUGAGUACACAAUCAACAAUUUAAAAUUUGCACGCCACGUGGAACCAAGUAACGAGGCCAUCAGGAGAAAACUGUCAUGGGCUAAGGAGAAAUACGAUAACGGAGAGCCGACCAUUCCUUCCACGAUGGCGGACGAAUUCACGUUCAACCCCUUCAUGAGAGUCAGAGAGAAAACAGUACAGAUGCAUGCCGGGACAAAUGACCCCAUAGACACGAUGCGGAGUAUCCGGAAAGAGAAGGACGGCUUCAAAGUGCCCAAGGACUGAGAUUGUGUGCAGCUUUCAGUGCAUUGAGGAAAUUCUCUAUUAUGAUGCAUCUUAAGGCAUUUCACACUCUUACUAACUGGGCUGUACACAGGAAAGAGAGCAUUCAUGUUAAUCCAACAGUUAUACGCUCCUUUAGGGGUAGGAAUUGAUUUAAAUGUUGUUUCUCUAGUCAGCGUGUUGUUCAAAAUGACCAUCACAUGCCAGGGAUGGCCUCAGAGCCGUACUGAAUUAUUUAGCUCAUCUGCUGCUUAUCAUAUAUAAUAUAUCGAAUUAGUCUUUUAUGAUUUUAUUAAUCAUGUUAGAGCUGUGAACACAUGAAGCUUUGCAGUGCUGUGGCACCUUAAGAGUUUGGUUUGGAUUAGUGUUUAUACAGUAAAAAGUAUGAAAUCAAAUCCAGCGAGCAGUUUAUAUAAUUUCUAAGUUAAAGUAGUCAUUAGUGACACCUAUAGAAUCUGCAUAAGGAAUGCUAACAGCUUCUUAAAUUGGCUUCAAACCUUUUUCUCUGACGUGUUUAGUUUGGUAAUUGGGAAAAAAAAGCAGCAAAUGUUUUUGACUGAUUUAAAAAUAUUUACAUAUGUUGUGAUUUUGAAAGCAGGGAUUCAUAAUUAGUGAACAAAUGUUUUAAUGUGCAAUGAUUUAUUUUUGUUAAUUGAAGAAGGCUAUUCUAGUAUGGCAGGCAAUGUGAUCUUUGUGUUAUAAGAGCAAAUGUAUUUUCAGGCUUCCAGACAGUAAGCAUGAUCGGAUAUGGGACAUACAUUGAUGCAACAGUUGUCAUGCCGUAAUUAUUAUUAUUAUUAUUAUUAUUAUUAUUAUUAUUAUUGUACCCUGCCUUGCACUUUCUGUUCUCAGAAGGCGAAAAUGCAAAAAUGAUUAUAUAUCAGUGUGAUCAAUAAAGUGCCUGGGAGAACCAA